CGGGGGGGCUUUGGCUCCCUGGGGCCGGUGGGAGGGCAGGGAGGGGGUGCGGGGCUGCUGCGGGGGUCUCUGCCCAGCCACGCUGGGGCCAAGAAGCCCCCGGUAACCCCUGAUAACCCCCGGUGACCCCCGGUAACCCCCUGUGACCCCUGAUAACCCCGGUGACCCCUGAUAACCCCGAUGACCUCCAGUAACCCCCAGCCGGCGGCACCGGGAUUCGAACCCGCGGCUCCCCGGCCCGAGGCCACGCCCCCUUUCCACAUAACCACGCCCUCACCCACCAAGCCACGCCCCCUCCUUCUAGACCACGCCCUCUUUUCUCCUCCACCAACCCCUGUCCUCGCCCCGCCCCUCCGCUGACCGGCAGCCUCCUCAGCCAAUGGGGCGGCCGCCUCCCGCUCGGCCUCCACCAAUGGCGGCGCGGGGGCGGGGCCCCGGGGCGGUGCGGGGCGGCGGAGGCCCGGCCGGGAUGAGGAGCUCCCGGAGCAGCUCGUCAUGCCGCGGUGCCGGCUGUGGCGGCGUGGCCGUGGACCUGAGCCUGACGGGGCUCCCCGUGCCUGUCCUGCGGCGCCCCAGCAGCGCCUCCCCCGCCAAGCACGUGGCGCGCUCCCUCUCCGUCGUGGCCGAUGGCAAACCCAAGAGGAACGCCCUGGAGGAUUCGGGGUCCCGGGCCAUCAACAACCUCCGCAGGUCCAACAGCACCACGCAGGUCGCCCAGCGGGCCAGCAGCGGGCACAGCUCGGAGCAGGCAGGAGCCUUCCUGGCCUUUUUUGAGAGCGCUUCUGGUGGGAGAAAGAAAGGAACGACCCCGAGCACGGCGUCCCCGGAGCAGAAAACCACCUGGAACGUCCUGGACGAUCAGCCGCGAGCCCUCCCGGCCCCAUCCAGCUCCGGCGGUGCCGAGCCAGCAGCGGGCAUGAGGAAGAAGGAAGCGGCCGUCCUGCUGGCAGCCAACUUCACCGCCAACAACAGGAGCAACAAGGGCGCGAUGGGGAACUGCGUCACCACCAUGGUGCACAACAACUACACGGCCGACAGGGGCCCCGCGCCCAAAAGCUCCAACCAGGCUCCGAGCAGCAACCUCAACAAUGUCGUCAAAGCCACCGCCAACGAGGAGAGCGAAAGCAGCAGCUUGGUGAAGUCGCAGAAGAAUUUCUCCAGCAACAACAACGCCGCCCGCAACAACGCCGGCGGGCUGCCCCGCAGGAGGGAGGUGACCGAGGAGGAGGCGGAGAGGUUCAUCCAGCAGGUGAACCUGGCCGCCGUCACCAUCCAGCGCUGGUACCGCCGCCACGCGCAGCGGCACAAGGCAGGAGCGGCGGCUCUGGGGCGCCUGCUGGCUGCCAGGAGGGAGGAGAGGCAGCGGCAGACAGAGGAGGGGAACAUCCUGGGCUUGCAGGAGCGGAGGGACGAGGAGCGCAGGAAGAUCCGAGAGGAGAAGGCGCGGCUGGCGCGGCGUGCUGCCAUCCAGGAGCUGCACCAGAAAAGGGCCCAAAAGGCUGCCGAGGCGAAAUGCUUGGAGGAAGAGGAGCUCGCGCUGGUGAAGGAGAGCAGAAGGGUAGCAAAGAAGAAGCCUGCCAGGCCUGCUGCUGCCACGAGGAACGAUGGCCUCAAAGCCAACAACGCCGGUGCCAAUUUCCACGCCCUCACUGCAGAGCCAGAAGCAAGCAGCCCGGUGGAGCUCAGCGCCGUGCCCUCGCAGGGGCAGGGGGCAGAGGACAAGCUGCAGGACGUGAGCUCCAGGGAGAUGGGGGGCGAGGACCUGGGGACCGCGGGGACGGCCGCCAGCAGGGCUCAGUCCAAGGUGACCCUCACCGAGCUGCUGGACACCCUCAGGCUGCUGGAGGAGGAGCCGGAGCUGCUGCCCCCCCCGAAGCUCUUCAAGAAGGAGAAAUACGCCUGGAUAGACGGGGAGCCCGGCUCCAACUCGCUGACCGCUGACAACUUGGAGAAGUUGGGGAAGCUGAACCAUUCCCCCGGGGUCCCCGAGGACGGGGCGCUGCUCUCGGAGGCCAAGCUCCAAAGCAUCAUCAGCUUCCUGGACGAGAUGGAGAAAUCGGAGCAGGAGAGGCCGCGCUCCGCCGCCUCGGCCACGCAGCGGGAGGGGCUGCUCUCCGAGGAGGAGCUGGCGCACUUGGAGCAAGCGUCCGCUGUUGCCACGGAGGUGACGAGCUCCAUCGUGAGGCUGAAGCUGGAAGUGGAGGAGAAGAAGCGAGCCAUCAGCCUGCUGCAGACGGCGCUGGCCCAGCAGAGGGAACUGACCGUCCGGCACGUCCAACAAACCGAGAAGGAGCUCGGCCACCAGCUGAGGCUGCAGAGGGAGCAGUACGAGGCGGCCAUCCAGAGACACCUGGCCUUCAUCGAUCAGCUCAUCGAGGACAAGAAGGUGCUGAGCGAGAGGUGUGAGGCUGUGGUGGCCGAGCUGAAACAGGCGGACCAGAAGUACAGCAAGAAGAUCAGCCAGAUGCAGGAGCAGCACGAGCUGGAGCUCAGGAAGCUGAAGGAGCUGAUGAGCGCGACGGAGAAGAUCAGGCGGGAGAAGUGGAUUGAUGAGAAAACCAAAAAGAUCAAGGAGAUCACCGUGAAAGGCCUGGAGCCGGAGAUCCAGAAGCUGAUGGCCAAGCACCGGCAGGACAUACGGCAGCUGAAGAUGCUGCACGAGGCCGAGCUGCUGCAGUCGGACGAGCGGGCGGCGCGGCAGUACUGCCGGCAGGCCCAGGAGCUGCGCAGCCUGCUGCAGCGCGAGAAGGAGGAGCAGGGGCAGAGGGAGAGGGAGCUGGCCCGGCAGCGGUGUGAGAAGCAGCUGGAGCAGGAGGAGCAGGCGCUGCAGCAGCAGCGGCGCCGGCUCUACGCGGAGGUCGCCGAGGAGAAGGAGAGGCUGAGCCAGCAGGCGGCCAGGCAGAGGGCGGAGGUGGAGGAGCUGCGGAGGCAGCUGGAGGCGAGCAGCUCGGCCGUCACCGCCGCGCUCAAGGAGGAGCACGCGAAGGAGCAGGAGGAGAGGGAGAGGAGGCAUCAGGCAGAGGUGAAGGUGCUGAAGGAGCGGCUGGAGAUGGAGAGGCAAGCCUGGGAGGCAAACUACGUGAAGAAGGAGGAAGCCUGGCUGCUCGCCCGGGAGCGGGAGCUGAGGGAGGAGGUGAGGAAGGAGAGGGACAAGGAGAUCGAGCUGGUGAUCCAGCGCCUGGAGGCCGACAUGUCCUCCGCCAAGGAGGAGUGCGAGAGGGCAGCGGAGAACAGGAUUAAAAGGAUCCGGGACAAGUACGAGGUGGAGCUGCAGGAGCUGGAGAGGUCGGAGCGCAAGCUGCAGGAGCGCUGCAACGAGCUGAAGGGGAGGCUGGCCGAGCUGGAGGGGGAGAGCAGCCGCCUGCAGGGGCUGCUGAAACACCGGGAGCAGGAGCUGGAGGAGAUACGGAAGGUGCGGGACCAGCUGGCCCAGGAGCGGAGCAGCCUGGCGGAGGUGAUCCGGGAGGAGUUCGCCACCAGGCUGGUGGGCACGGAGGAGGAGAACAAGAGGCUGAAGGAGGAGAUGGUGGAGAUGAGAGCCCGGCAGCGCCUGGAGCUGGACAGGGUGGCGAGGGAGAAGGACAGAGAGCUGGAGGAGGUGCACAGGAGGGUGAAGACGGCCGUGGCGAGGAAGGAGGAGAACGUGAGCAGCCUUCGGAAACAGUACGAGGCGGCGGUGCAGCGAGCCGAGCACCUGGAGGCCCUCCUGGAGCAGCAGCGCCAGCAGCUGCUGGCAGCCAAAUAACCCCCCCACCCGGGGGGCGCUCGGUGGGCGCCCACCCUCCCACUCCCCCCCCACACCCAGGAUUUGAUUUUUUUUAUUUUUAUUUUUAUUUUUUUACGCCUCGGCAGCGCUCAGCUUCCUCCGACGUUUUACCAAUAAAAGCUCUGCUGGUUUCUA